AUGUAUUUUGGUGGCCUGCACUCUAAUAUUAACCGCGAAGCUCUCUCUGGGCUUCUUGUCUUUUAUGAAUGUGGGGAGCUAUUGACCUCUGGUUACUUUUCUACUUGGACAACUAAGAAAGAUCCAGAGGAGGAGGAGGAGGAGGCGGUCGAUAUUGGCAAGAGUACUGGGAGGAUUUGUAUAAAUUCUUUGCUUUCGCUUACUCUCCUAACCAAAUGCGCUACUUUGCUCGAUUGGGAUAAUUUUCCCCUUCUUCUUCAUAUCAAAAAAAAAGCGGAUGCUUGGCAUUGUCAACUUCUCUCCCUUGGAGUUUCAAUUCCUCCACCUCCACUUUGCAGUGUUGCGUCUUUCGCCACUGCAGAGAGCACAGCAGUUUUGGAGAAAGUGGGACAAAAAUUGGGAGGUGGAGGCACUCUCUACGAUGACGCCUGGGAUCUUCGAAUGGCGCGUUUCGGUUUGCAAACAGCUUCUUCCUUAACGAAAAGCAACACAAAGUCGGAGGCAAAGAAGGAGAAGAAUCCACCAGGUGGUGGUCAACAAGGUGGCCGUGGUCCGCCAGAUGGUGCAGCCACUUGUGAAAGCACUUGUUCACUCACCUCCGCUUCCUCGACAAUUUCAACCUCUUCCAAGGUUAUGGACGAUGAAUCCACUACUUCUAAUGGCUGCGAUUCUGAAGCUAGUAAAGGGAUGUCUACCACAGUGACUACGUCUGUCAAUAAUACCAUCUCUACAUUCACUUCAUCGGCUGCAAAUUCGGUCAAUAAAGUGACCGUCGAAAUGAAAUCAACACCAAGUUGUAAUGGUGAUGUGGUACCACCCCCGAUUUCUGAAAAUGAUACGGUAGAUGGAAUAUCAACUCCCACGCCAUGUAACAAUUCCAAUUGGUUCCCACCUCCGCCACCUACACCUCUGCAUCUUGCCCUUCAAACCGAUGGUGAUUCAACAGACAGUCAACCGGGCCGAUAUCACGAGCAUCGUCGGUCUUUUGAAAUGGAUGAUGAAACGGAACAUCAGGGAUUGACAAAGAUGGAUUCCAGUGGGGAUGCCAUCACAAUCCCACCUCUUUCGCCUCUUCCCCCACCACAGGAAGGAGGUAGGGCGUCUGUCGCCAGUUUCCUCCUUAAUCUACCUCCCCCUCCACCGGUCACUGAUCUGGCCAAUGAGGACAUUCCGUCCCCUCCUGCUAUCCCCCCACGGGACCCCAAAACUUCCGUCACCACUCCCAACUCGGAAACUCUUUGUUAA